CGUAGGUGAGGCAGAGAUCUGCUGCCCUUUCGGGGGGAGGGAAGCUGGGGCUCAAGGCGCAGGGCUGUUGUUUUGUGCACGCUGCAAGGCAGCUUGCCUGGUUCACCAUUCACAUCAGAUGGUGCGAGCCCGCAAUUCCAAGGGUUUCCCACAUUGCCCCAUUCACGGUGUUAAACUGCCAACAAAAGAAGUGUGCCUCGGUGGGUCCCGAGCAGAAAGCUAACGCCUGCUGCACCAUCUGCCCGCGCCGAGGAACGGAUAAUGCUUUAAUCAGCGCGAGCUGGUUUAGCUCUUGGGAGCCAAGGGACGUUGGUGAUGGGAUGGCAUUAUUUAAAACCACUCACUUCGUAUCUCCAGAACUGAAAAUUGGGUCACAGCUUCCCACCCACCUCACUGAGUUCUUUGCUGCUGGGCUUUCCUGCAGGUCACAGCCACUCCGCGUGGGCCCAGAGCUGCACAGCACACCCAGAAGGGACACACAGCAGCGACUGCCCUGGGUGCACGUAACAGUGCCGGCCACAAACUGACAGAAUAAUGCUAGGAAUUGAUUUCCAACAGGACUCACGCUCUCUGCUCAGCAAUAGGUUUUGCCAACCAUCAGCAAUGACAACUGGUUGUGGCCUUGCUGACAGCAACGCUGAGUGCAGGGAAGCAGGCUGACUGCAGCUGGCACAGGAAAUGAAAGGUUUCCUCAUCAGUUUUGAAAGAUUGGCAGAGAAAACAGAGAGGGCUUCCACAAACACUGUUGUAAUGAGAAAUGGGCACUCAAGCACUAACAGAGCCAGCCUCUGACCUUGCAUUUGCAAGGGCACGGCUGCCCUGCCGGCUCCGUAUUGGAUGGAGCUGGGGCAGUGAGCCCAGAACCCGUGGCUGCCUGGAAAACAUCUCAGAAAGGCACCUUUAGCCCCAGAUCCUGCCUGCUCCCUUUUGCUUCCUUACCUGCCCUGUAACGCACAAGGCAAGGUACUGAGAAAGCCCAGGGUGGCAGAGAGUCCCAGAGUAUCCUAGCAGCUGUGCUUACAUUCAGCAAAUAGGGUAAUGCACAUAAAUUGAUAGCAAGAACUGACCUUCCUACAUCUCAGCUGUCUGUAAAGGGAAACUAUAUUUAGGGGCUUUGCUUAGAGGAUCAGAACCAAGGGAACAGGGAGGCAUUUGCAAACUGCCGUGAAAUCAAAUAGGACACAUUUGGGAAAGGCCUCAUAAUCAUUACAUGCCACGGGCUGCCAUAGGAGAGCCCAGAUUAUCCAAACAAAGCAAGGAAGAGCUCUUAAUAUACCUUACAGACGGACUUGACACAUUUAAACAGGGGAAAGGAAAAUAUUACGAACUAACAGCUUAGAGCAAGUUGUUUCAAGUGUUCUUCCUUUGAUUUCAGUCAGUAGUUGUCUAAAAAUUAUCUGGUACUGUAUUCAUCUAAGCACGGUUUAAUGUCAAUGAAGGGGUUUACUCCCUCUAAUUCUGCAUCUUUUCUUUUUCAAGUUCUCUUUUGGUCAUGGGGACACAGCAUUAUCUCUUCCUGAGAUCAGUCUUCUGUGCUUAAUUUCAGCACAGCCUGGGAAAAGGCAGCACAUUGAGAUGUCGACGUUCCCAACAUCAGGCAGAAGUUGGAUUAUAAUGAUGGCAAACGCUUUCCCACGUUCUUACCCCAGCGCCCUCAUGCCAGGCCCUAUUGUGUCACACACUCCUCAGUCCACCUGCUCCUUUGGGAGCAGGGUAUUAUCCCCAGGCAAUUCACAGUCAAUUUACCAUGCUGUAAUAGAUGCUGUCCCUAUUGUCCUGGGGCACACAUGGAUUGGCUAUCUCGACUGUGGGAAACUCAAAGUAGCUUUGGACCCAUACAUUUGUAUGCAGCUCCUGCGUAUAAAUAGAGGAACUCUCCACUGCUUUCCCCACCGGCCAAGCAGCCAGCUUCGUGCUGACAGCAGCUCUCGGAUAAUGGCACCCAGUGCUCUCUCCCUGGAAAUCCUGACACCCAAAGAGAAGAACAGACUCAGAAAACCCAUUGUAGAGAAACUGCGUCGCGAUAGGAUUAACAGCAGCAUUGAGCAGCUGAAGGUGCUGCUGGAGAAGGAGUUCCAGAGACACCAACCCAACUCCAAGCUGGAGAAAGCCGACAUCCUGGAGAUGACUGUCAGCUACCUGAAAUACAGCCGAGCUUUUGCAGCCUCUGCCAAAAGCCUACAGCAGGAUUACUGCGAAGGGUAUGCCUGGUGCCUCAAAGAAGCUCUGCAAUUCCUGUCUCUCCAUUCAGCAAACACAGAAACCCAGAUGAAGCUGAUCUACCAUUUCCAGAGGUCACAAGCAAUGCCCAAGGACUCUGGUUCUCCUGCACCCACUUCCACUCACCAGCCCUCUGCAAAACAAGCACCAGCAAAGCCCUCCUGCAACCUCUGGAGGCCUUGGUAGGCCAAGAGCAUAUUCACCAUCACCUGGACACUGGUGCACAUUGCAGAGGAGACCACGACUUACUACAGAAGUCCCCCUACUCCUCUCACCAGUAGGAAAAAAUGUUUUCCUUCUGCAGAGCAUUACUGCACAUGGAUGCCUGCUUCCCUUCUUCCAGAAGGACUGAAAUGUUCCCACCAUGUGGAAAGAAAGUUAUUCUGAAGGAAUGCGGCACGUAACCCUCCUGCUAGGAGGAUGAAGUCAUUCAGAGAGGAACGCUGACUGUUCUUAACCUUAGUGAGGUUGCAUGGGUACAUCUGUUGAGAAAGCUGUAACUGCUGAGAUGUCUGGGUAAGCGUUUUCAGGUGUCCGCUCAGCAGCAGCCCCCUCUGCAUCCUGCCCUGCUCAGGACCCGCACACCACCUGCACCUGAGCGGCAGGAAGCAGCUGGGGCUGGGCUAAGCGCACACAUGUGAAAACCUGGCUGCCAGCAGGUUCUAUGAUAUUUGUAGACUGUACUGAGCAUGCUCCGGAAAUGGUUACACCAUAACUCAAGCUGCGUAGAGGAAAUUCCUCAGGAUGUCUUGCUUGCAAAGUCAGAGUGCUGUUUGUGAGGUUCAGGAUACGUAUACCUUUUAUAAAGGCAAGAGCUCCUUCUAAUAUCCUUAUAGGAAUGAAAGUUACGGCCGUGUUGUCGAUUUUACAUGAAAUAUUUAUCAGUCUUUUAUGAAAGGCAGUUGUACAAAUUAUAUUUACUGUUUGGUACCCCCACCGGGGAGAAUGUAAAAUCAGUGCUGUCCUUGGAGGAUGUUAUGAUGUUACGUGCGAGCUGCACCACUGCAUAACUCGUGUCAGAAACCAUCCUGAAUUCAGGGGAUGCACAAAAUAAAAAUUAAGAAAGAAUAACUUGUUGGAUUUAUUGAGUGAUUUGCAUAGCUGAUUUCCCUGCAGUUCCUGGCUCACCCUCGGAUUCGGAGCUAAACAGGCAGAUUUCGGUACAAAAGCACACUUUGCUGGGAGCAGCUGUCACUGUUCCACGCCCACCCAAACCCACAACGCUGCUUUCCAGGAAUGAACACAAAGCUCCACAUUAACGAACGGAGCUCUCCAUACAAGGCAAAACCGGAGGCCUCCCCACUCUGCAAGUGGUUUGGAAGCUUAGAGCCACAUUUGUCGAGGGAGGUCACAGUAAGGGCAAAGGGAGACGUCACACCCACCUCCCAGACACAACCCACGUGCCUCAUAGUUUGCUGAGGCACUCAGCGCCGCGUUCAGCAUCCCGUGUGAGUCACCAAACGGGCUGAGCCGCGGGGUGUGAACCUACAGCACGCUGCACACACCGGGCAAAACCAGCAGGGCUACCACUCAGCUGAGGGCCGUGAAGGGAGCGCAGAUCGCGGCUGCACGGAUGCAACGCAGCCCAGGUGAGGAAAGGAGCUUCGCACAAACAGCACUUGCUACAGAAAGCGGCAGCCAGCACAGCCCUGACAACACUCCUGCUGCCUGGGCUUACCUGCAG